AUGGCGCUAGAGUGCAGAGGACGCGAAACACACACUAAAAAUUCGAAAGCAGAAAAAAAAAUCACCCAAAAAAUUCAGUUUAACAAAAUGAACAGCAUGCCGUCCGGCAAGAAACCGGCGAAAAUUAACGCCAAAAUGAAGAAGGAAGCUCAGACGAAAUACUCACCCCCAACGCCGCUAACGGCGCCACCAGCUCCGGCGAACCCUAAAAUGUCGACGGCAAGAAAUGUGCUUCACAUCGGAGGUCUUCAAGUGGAAUUCCCUUACUCGCAGCCGUACGGCACGCAGCUGGCGUACAUGAAUCGCGUGAUUUCCACUCUCGAUCGUGCUCAACGGGAAGGUCACUGUCACGCGCUCCUCGAGUCCCCCACCGGUACCGGAAAAUCUCUAUCCCUUCUCUGCUCCACUCUCGCUUGGCAACAGAAUAUCAAGCUCACAAAAGGUCGCGGUGGUGUUCUUCCAUCGGAGAACUCCAGGCCUAAUCCUGAAGCGUUGUCCGACCCGAUGAAUUGCGGCGGCGGAUUUAUUCCGGAAAGCCAAACCCAAUCGCAGCAGCCCUUAUCUGGUAAUGUGGAAUCUGUUGCUGGAAAUGAUAAUAAAAAGAAGAAGCUUCGCUUGGCGCCGACAAUUUAUUACGCUUCGAGGACACAUGCACAGAUACGUCAAGUGAUACAAGAGUACCGGAGGACGACUUACCGGGUGCAAAUGGCAGUCUUGGCAUCAAGGAAGCAUUAUUGUACAAAUAUGUAUAUACGUGGGACUGCUAAUGUUGAUGAGCAAUGUAAGCUGCUUCUGAAAGAAGGUGGCUGCUCAGAACGCAGAAAUGUGCAUAAGGUCAGAGGUCAUCAUUCUCUUCACAAAGGCGGUUGUCAUGAGGCCCACGACAUUGAAGAUCUUGUUAAAGUUGGAGAAGUUGUGAAAGGUUGUUCAUACUUUGCAGCACGUGAAUUGGCAGAAGAUGCCGAAUUAGUUUUUUGCCCUUAUAACUAUAUCAUUAAUCCUCUUAUUCGGAGAGCCAUGGAAAUAGACAUCAAAGGAGCCAUUAUAAUUCUUGAUGAAGCUCAUAAUAUCGAGGAUGUUGCUCGUGAUGCUGGUAGUUUUGAUGUUGAAGAGGAUGGUUUGCUCCAGCUGCAGACAGAACUUAGUCAACUUGCACUCGUAGAGCCUGACACUUAUCAGCCUAUAUUGGAAAUGAUAGAGGACAUCUUCAGUUGGAUUGAUCGAAGGAAAAGCACUCUUGAGAAGCGGGACUUUCAACAUUAUUUUUCUUGUUGGACUGGUGAUAAAGCUUUAAUUGAGCUAGAAGAAGCUAAUGUAACAAGGAAGUGCUUCCCUAUAUUGCAAAAAUGUGCAAUCAAAGCUAUAAAAGAUGCUUCAGAAGCAGAAGCAGAGCCAGAAGUAGCUUGUUUGAGUGGUGUAUCAGCCACAGUACUUGAAGGAUUGUUCUCUUCAUUGAGUUACUUCUUUUCCGGAGAUGGGCUUCAUGUUAAUGAUUAUCUCCUUGCAUUACAAAGAUAUAUCAAGAAAGAUGGUGGAAGCUACGAAGUAUCUGAAUUGAUGGAAGGGGCUAAAGGUUCCAAUAAAAUCGGAAUGACACAGAGAAAAUUAGCAUGGCCCCUGUGCAAGGAUGACACUGAAAAAGGUGCUUGGAUAUACUCUUUCAGUUUAUGGUGCUUGAAUCCAGCAGUGGUUUUUAGAGGCAUUGCCGAUACUUCCUUAUCAGUGAUUUUAACAUCAGGGACUUUAUCACCAUUAAACUCCUUUUCAUCUGAACUCGGGGUUCAGUUUGGAACUUGUCUUGAAGCCCCACAUGUCAUAGAUGUCGAGUCACAACUAUGGGCCGGCGUAAUUUCUAAGGGUCCAAAAGACUAUCCUCUAAAUGCAAGCUACAAGACAGCUGAAGCAUUUGCUUUCCAGGAUGCUCUUGGCACGUCUUUAGAAGAGAUAUGCAAAAUCGUUCCAGGGGGUUGUCUUGUAUUCUUUCCCAGCUACAAGCUGAUGGACAAACUAUGUAAACGCUGGGAAGAAACUGGUGAAUGGUCUCGGCUAAAUGCACAGAAACAUCUUUUCAUAGAGCCAAGAGGGGGGAACCAGGAUGCUCUUACGCCAGUAUUAAACGCAUAUUACAAUUCUAUUCAUCAAAAGAAUAAAUCUGUAAUCGGAAGAAAGAGAAGGGGUAAAAAUUCAGAUAGUUACAACAUUACGGAAUCAUCACAAAAUGCUACACGAGAAGGCGCUGCUUUCCUUGCUGUUUGCCGAGGAAAGAUUUCCGAAGGCAUGGACUUCUCUGAUGACAAUGCUCGACUCGUUAUAAUUGUUGGCAUUCCCUUCCCAAAUGUACAUGACAUCCUAGUUGGCCAAAAGAAGAAAUUCAAUGAUACAUUCAGAUUGUCUAAGGGACUUCUAAGUGGGAAUGAGUGGUACUGUAAUCAAGCAUUUCGAGCCCUUAACCAGGCUACAGGGCGCUGCAUACGGCACAGAUAUGACUAUGGAGGCAUUCUAUAUUUAGAUGAGCGCUUCUGUGAAGAAAGGAACAGACCAUACAUAUCAAAGUGGUUUAGGAAAUCAAUUAGACAUUGGGACAGCUUUGAAAAAUCCCUGGAGGAUUUAAAAGCAUUUUUCAAAAGAGCGAAGGAUCAUGUUGACAAAGCUAUUGAAUCGUCAUCAAUUUCAAAACCUGCGGUUGAAGGAAUUUCUUCUGUAACUGAAAACAAGAGGAAUACAAAUGCGAGCAUAAAGAAUGGAAAACAGUGCAGAUCAGGUCAAAAAGUAUCCAAUUCUAGUGUGGAGGAUGAAAAUGGUUCUAUGGUAUACCGGUCUUUAUACUCUGAAAUGAAAAACCAAUCUUGUCCGAAAAUGGAUCCUCAAAGGUUUAUAUCCACACAAGAGAAAGAUAUGCGUAUUGACCUGGAAAGUGACACUGAAAAAGACUCCGGGUUGUCCAUGCCUGCAUCAACGAUGCUAUCCCCUGCAGAUCCCAAUUUAACCACUGUCAAGGAAACCCCAGCAUUGAUUUCUGAUUCUCAUUUAAUGACUUCAGAAAAGUUCCUGAUUGAAGACUCAAGUCUCACAACUGUUCCAUCUACCAAUGAGGUUCCAGAUAUCUUCUCCCAAAGUCCCCCCCAGUCUCUAGUGAAUUCAAGCCUUGCUGUUAUGUCCAUAUGUUCGCUUUCAACUCCAGAAAGGCUUGUUCAUGACAGAAUGAAGAAUCUAAUAGCAGAAACAGGGUCACCAUGCACUUUGAGUGCUAAUUCUUAUUCACAUAAGAGGAGAAAAUCCUUGUAUCCAUCAUCUGACUGUGUUCACAAGGAGCAGAUUGGUUUACCUGACAGAACUCCUGAUUCUGUUGGAUAUGUGGAAAGCAAUACAACACAAGCUGACAUGCAUAGCAGUGAGGAAAUAGAUACUGAAACAAUCAACUUGAACAAGGAAAAGAGAAGAUCCCUGCAGUCAUCACCAUUCAAUGGUGCUGAAAUGUUAUCCACGCCUUCUAUUGAUCUUAGUAAGGAUAAGUGGCUGGGAAUCUCUUGCUCAGAGUGUAAAACUCCUUUGGGCCUUCCUCAUAAUUUGUGCAUUAGGUGUACCCUAACUUCAUCUUCCAAAGUUCAUUUGAGAUCUCUACGAAAGAAGCAAUUGACCAAUGGAAUCGAAUGUUCUCCUAGUGUACCGGUUCUGAUAUCUGAUAUUUCCUUUUUUGAUAAAAGACUCUUCGAAAGAAACAGUGACGGUGUUUGGUGCAAAGCAGAUGGUUGUGUAUUCAGCACAAUAUUUUGCCCAUUCUGCCCUGAUUCUACAACUUGUCUUGGCGUACAAGUCAUGGCCACUGAUGCAUCAAACGCAUACUUACAGGAUAAGGUAUUGUUGUACUCUGAUGGUCUGGAAUCCAAGAAUCCCACAUCACCAAAACUUGAGGAUUCAUCUCCAUCUACAGGUUCAUGUAGACUUAAAACAGCAGGUCUAAGUCCACCCAUUGAGAAAUUCGCUUACUUACCCCAGCAGCAGAGUUUGGGAGAUGCGACUACCGAAGAGAGGUCUGCUAACCACUCCAGAAAGCUGAUGCAGACGCAAGAGAUCCCAGCUUUGGCAGUGUAUUUCACUGUUCAUGGUUCCCGUGGUGGCUUCAAAUUCCUGGAGGACCUUCUUGAUUCUUCUAACAGUUGGGAUAUCUGGUUGACUGAUGAUAAUGACGAAGCAGAGGAUGUUAGGAUGAUCUCUCAAGUUCCUUGUCCCUAA